AUGAGCACCACAAUUAAUACCUUUUUCGAAGAUCAACAACAAUCAGUUGGAACACCAGAUAUAAAUGAUUUAGAGAAACAUUAUGUUGACGCUAAAGCAUAUAUCCUAUCUACAACAACAAAAGAUGGACUCAAUUUAUAUGACCAUCUUGCACAUUGUAUAUCACGAUUACUAGCGGAUCAACCACAAGAAGGUGCUGAUAUGUUUGAAGAAAUUAGUAAAAAUAUCAAAGGUGAAUCAACUCGUCCUCAACAAGAUACAUUACGAGAUCGACCAGCACAAGAUACAGAACAUAUUUUAGCUGAAGAACAAAAACCACUUUUUCAAAAAACUGAUCACACCGAAGAACUUGAUGAUGAAGCAUUACAAUCUCCAUUACCAUACAUUCUUGAACAAGCCUAUUAUUUUGAACAAUCUGGUAUUGGUCUUGGUAAAGAUGAAUCAUACCGAAUUUGGCUUUCACUUAAACAACUAGUUGAUAAAGGUCAUAUUGAAAAAAUACGAUUUUGGGGUAAACUUUUUGGUACACAGAAAAAUUAUUAUGUUGCGGAAGUUGAGCAAAGCGUUGAAGAAGGUGGUAAUGAUGAAGAUCGAAAUAAUGAUGAAAUUAAUAAACCAGACGAAACUAAAGAAAAUAAUGAAGAAGAUAUUGAAGGUGAAGAAGAUCCAUUACCAAAAUCAACAUUCAAAUCACCACCAGUCGUACCAAAAGAAGAACGUGGUACAGGUGUUAAUAAAUCUACUUAUUAUGUUUGCAAUCAUCCUGGAGCACCUUGGAUUAAAUUACCAACAGUUACACCAGCACAAAUUACUCAAGCACGUUUAAUAAAACAUUUUUUUACAGGUGAUUUAAAUAAAGAAAUUAUAUCAUAUCCAGCAUAUCCCGGUACAGAAAAAAAUUAUUUACGUGCUCAAAUUGCCAGAAUUAGUGCAGCAACACAUAUAUCACCUGCUGGAAAAUUUCGAUUUUCUGAAGAAGAAGAGGAAGAAGAAGAAGGUGGUCGAGAAAAUUAUCAAGAUAAUGAAGAUUUUAAAGGAGCAGCAUUGAUAGAAUUAGUCGAUGAAGAAUUAAACGGAUGGGUUCAUCAUGCACAAUAUGUUCUUCCACAAGGUCGUACAAAAUGGUGGAAUCCAACUGAAAAUAUUGAAAAAGACGAGGAAGAUGAAGAUGAGGAUGAAGAAGAAAUGAAAGCUGAAGCUGAAGAAAUUGAACCAGAACAAGGUCCACCUCUUCUAACACCUAUUGGUGCUGAUGCUGAAAUUGAAAGUACAAAAGCAUGGACUGCAAAAAUAUCUUCUAAUCUCAUUCCACAAUAUGCAUGUGCUAUUAUUCGAUCAAAUCUUUGGCCUGGUGCAUAUGCAUUUGCUCGUGGAAUGGCUUGGGAAAAUAUAUAUAUUGGUUUCGGACAUAAAUAUGUUACAACUGAUUAUGGACCAGAACUACCACCAUUACCAGCUAAUGAAUAUAACGAUGGACCAGAAAUUGCUGAAGCUGAUGAUCCAUUACCAGAAGAUGAAGCUAAAGCUAAAGCAGCCGAAGAACAAGCAGCUGGAGAAGAAGAAGAGGAGGAAGAAGAAGAAGAAAAUGAAGAAGAGGAAGAUGACAAUUAA